AUGCACGACAUACAAACCCCAGAUAUAGCGUCUGUCGAAAGAACUUUUCAAGGACUUGAACUUAAAGCAGAACAGCGCGAUAAUGGUAUAUUCGCUGCUAUAGUCAAGGCCUUGCUAUCAAACAGUAAUCAAUGGAUGAGAGCUCCAGACAUUGUCGGUUGUGAGGAACCAAUCGAAAAACAUCAAAUCAAGAAUUUAACUUACUACCGUCUUUCCUUGCAUUUAUUUACGGAUUCACGAAUUCGAGACUCGAUGAACACUAUACCUCCAACCCCUCCUCCUGAUCCUCCUCGUUUAGCAAAAGAUAAGAAACGAUCUCCUACGAAACCGUCUCGUUCCACAGCGUCGAGUCGGAGUACGACGAAAAGAAUCACCAUUGAUUCUGACGUUAAUGUUAUAACAACAAAGAAAAUAAAAAUUAGCCACAAUACGUCUCCUACUAUAAAUUUGACAGAUAAUGAACAUGAUUCCCAAUUUUUAAUAGAACCAAGUUUAAAAAAAAAGAGUACAAAAUACCAACCUUCUGAAGACUACGGUACUCCGGAAAGCGUAAUAGAAGAAGAACCAACAAUGAUUAAUGAAAUUAAUGAGUAUGAUUUGAAUUUGUCUUCUUUUUUAAUGGACCAAAAUCGUUUGCAAUUAUUCAAGAAACAGGUUAUUCUUACUCUCGACUUAGUCGACUUAGACGCAGUGAAAAUAGAUAUCCAAAAUCUAAGACGAUCUGAUGGCUCCUUUAUGGCACGAUUAUUUUGCUUGGCGGAUGGACAUGGAGGUUCUGGAUGUUCGGAAUUUUUAAUUUCAAGAGUGCCAAAUCGUAUCCAAGAACUGUUACAAGAUCAUCCGGCGAAUUUUGAUAACAAAGACGAACAACAAUGGUUUAGAGAACAAAUGGUACAUCUCGUCAGGCAACUGGACGACGAAUACGUUGAAGCUAAACGUGUAGAAUUUCGUCGUUGGAAAUAUCAGAGAGAAAAACAAGGCAAUUCUAAUUCAAUACCAUUUGUAGAUGAAAAUUUUAUUAUAAAUGAUCAAAGUGAUUCUGAUUCAAUGCCACCAGUAGACGACGGAUCAACUAUCAUUAUUAAUGUGUUUAUUAAUGAUUGGUUAAUCAAUGUUAAUGUUGGUGAUUCACGAACCUUUCUUGCUUGUCGAGGCAAAAACAAUAAAUGGUCUGUAGAAUUUGCGAGUGAAGAUCAUAAACCUUAUCUUGAACGCCUUGCCUUGAAAAUAUAUUCGAAUGGCGGCAUAUUUGUUGAUAGUAAUGAUGAUCCAAUUAAGUUUGAUCCUACUCCUAGACAACGUCGCACUAGACCAAGUUUAAAGAACGCGCGUAUUAGACUCCAAGGGCAAGAAAGUGAAAAUGAAGAUGGUGUUCCCUACAUAAAUGAAACUGGAAAAUAUUGGUCGAUUAAUGUUGCUGCGACCUGUGGUGAUUUACUUUUCAAAUUAAAUCGCUCUAGAAGAGUUAUUGAUUGUGUUCCAGAUGUUACUUUUAGAAAGUUGGGUAAAUAUGGUGGUGAUAGAUUCUUAUUGAUAAGCAGUGAUGGGCUUUUUGACCAUUUAAAAGAGUCAAGAAUAGAUGAACAGAACAAUGAAGUCGCUAAAUUUAUUGGUGGCUUAUUGGACAAUGGAGAAUCUGUCAUGAACGUUGUUAAAAAAAUAG